AUGCCAAUUGGUAUGUCACCAUAUAAGUUGGUGUUCGGGAAGGCCUAUCACUUGCCAGUGGAACUAGAACAUAGAGCUUGGUGGGCAAUGAAACAGCUGAAUCUGGACAUUGAGGCUGUGGGCAUAACUAGAGUCAUAGAAUUGCAUGAGCUCGAUGAGUUCCGAUAUCUUUCUUUCGAGAUCACGAGGUUGUAUAAAGAGAGAAUGAAGAGGUUACAUGACAAGAACAUUGUUGAGCGAAAUUUCAAUCCCGGAGACAUGGUUUUGCUUUAUAACUCAAGAUUAAGGCUAUUUUCGGGUAAACUCAAGUCACGAUGGUCUGAACCAUUUCGAGUGGUCAAAGUAUGCCCUUCAGGUGCCGUAGAGAUUUCCUUAGAGAAAGACUCUCAUACAUUUAGAGUCAAUGGGCAGAGAUUGAAACUAUAUGUGGGCAUGAAUGAACCAAAGGAAGUCUCAGAGAUCCAUCUGACUGAACCUAAGAGGUCAAGCAAACCUUAA